UCAUCGCAGCGACUCACGCGGCGGUCUUUCUCCCUUUCGGUCCCCGUGUUAGCCGUUAGCAGUUAGCGGAUCCUCGCGGAGGUUUUUUUUUUUUUACCGGAUUAUCGGCGAGUUUUACCGGACACAGAGCUCAGAGGAGAUGGCUGCCGCCGGGGCGCAGGGCAGGAAGAGAAUCCUGAGGGAGGAGGACAUGACUAAGGUGGAGUUUGAGACCAGCGAGGAGGUAGACGUCACCCCCACCUUCGACACCAUGGGCCUGAGAGAGGACCUUCUCCGGGGGAUCUACGCCUACGGAUUCGAGAAGCCGUCUGCAAUCCAGCAGCGAGCGAUCAAACAGAUCAUCAAAGGCAGAGACGUCAUCGCUCAGUCGCAGUCCGGAACAGGAAAGACGGCCACCUUCUGCGUGUCCGUGCUGCAGUGUCUUGACAUCCAGGUGAGGGAGACUCAGGCUCUGAUCCUCGCUCCGACCAGAGAACUUGCCGGACAGAUUCAGAAGGUGCUCCUUGCUCUGGGAGAUUACAUGAACGUGCAGUGUCAUGCCUGCAUCGGAGGAACCAAUGUGGGCGAGGAUAUCAGGAAACUGGACUACGGCCAGCACGUGGUCGCAGGGACGCCUGGGCGUGUGUUCGAUAUGAUCCGCCGCAGGAGUCUGAGGACGAGGGCGAUAAAAAUGUUGGUCCUGGAUGAGGCUGACGAGAUGCUGAACAAAGGUUUUAAGGAGCAGAUCUACGAUGUGUACCGUUACCUUCCUCCAGCAACUCAAGUGGUUCUGAUCAGCGCCACGCUACCUCACGAGAUCCUGGAGAUGACCAACAAGUUCAUGACUGACCCUAUCCGCAUCCUGGUCAAACGUGAUGAGUUGACCUUGGAGGGCAUAAAGCAGUUCUUCGUGGCCGUGGAGAGAGAGGAGUGGAAGUUUGACACUCUGUGUGACCUGUACGACACUCUGACCAUCACACAGGCCGUCAUCUUCUGUAACACCAAGAGAAAGGUGGACUGGCUGACGGAGAAAAUGAGGGAAGCCAACUUCACGGUGUCAUCGAUGCACGGAGACAUGCCUCAGAAAGAGAGGGAGUCCAUCAUGAAGGAGUUCAGAUCAGGGGCCAGUCGCGUGCUGAUCUCCACAGAUGUGUGGGCUCGAGGUCUGGACGUCCCCCAGGUGUCUCUGAUAAUUAACUACGACCUGCCCAACAACAGAGAGCUCUACAUUCACAGGAUUGGUCGGUCUGGUCGUUACGGAAGAAAGGGUGUGGCCAUCAACUUCGUGAAGAAUGACGACAUCAGGAUCCUUCGUGACAUCGAGCAGUACUACUCUACCCAGAUCGACGAGAUGCCCAUGAACGUGGCCGACCUGAUCUGAGCCCUGAUGACAUCACACCAGAGCCACGCCCCUUUCCCCUUAGUUACUUCCUGUCUGUUUUUGUUUUUAAGUUUGAGGGAAUUUUUAUUUUAACGAUAAGAUGAAAACAACCUGAUGUUUUUGUAAAUAAAGUUUUGGUUUGA